AUGAAUAUCAAAAAAACUACUACCAAAAGUAAGGAGGAUCAGAAUCGUUUAAGAAUGGUCUUAGAUUAUCGUUGGGAUCCUAAAUAUCAACCACAAGGAAAACCCGCCAUUCAUGAAUCAUUUAAAAUUGUGCGGGAAUCUAAUCCUAUAGAAACUAAAUAAGGCAAUGAUUUAUAGGCAGUAUUCAUUAAUAUUAAAUGGGGAUAACAUCUGAAGAUUGAACAAUUUGUAAGAUAUAAUGUAUAAUACUUUAGAAAUAAUUCAAUUUGACAGAAUCUUAAAUGCAUAAUGGUAUGUUAUUCAUUUGGUGUGAAAAGGAUAACAUAAUGGAAAUAAUUGAUCAGGUUGAUAAAUUAGGAUUCAAUUAUGUCGAAAAUUUCACAACAGUUCUAUUAUCAAUGGAAAAGAUAUUAACAAUUAUGCCAUCUGAACCCUAAGUUAGAAAAAUCACAGAAUUCUUCAGUAAGAAGAAUAUAAAAGAGUAGAAAGAAAUAAAGAAAAUAGAUGGGUUAAGAAAUUAAGAAUAAUUACCAGAUUUAGAUCCCACAUAAGUAUUUUGGAACGAAAAUUAUACAUAUUUUAGAAAGACUAAGAGAACAUUGUUAAUGUUUAGAAAAUAAUCAAAAUAAUAAUUAGAAUUAAGACAUCAAAGAACUGGUGAUAUAUUCUUUGAUGUAAUUGAAAAGGAUAGUUAAAAUAUAUCUGCAAUAGGAAUGGAAUAUAUCUAUAAAAUGAUUGAAACUUUGUUACCAAAAGCAUAAUAUAAAGCAGGAGAGACAUUGAAAAUGAUGGAGUUAUUUGCAGAUCCAAAUACAUAAGGAAGAUAGGGUUGGAUUUAGGUAAUUUAAGAGUGAAG